GCAUCAUCCAUCAUAACCAUUGUGUCUUGUCUUAUCGUAUGUCCUCGUGCGAGUAUAUAAAACUCUCCGGUAUGACAAAACUUUGCACAUUUCUCUCCCAAAACUUGAUAAUCAUGAGGACGGCACUUUUACUGAGUUUGGUUUGCGCCUUGGCCGCUGCCGCGCCAAGACCAAAAACCACCCCAUAUGUCUUUCCGGGUCUGAAUACUGGUAAAAUCGUCGGUGGCAUAGAAGCUGGCCGUCACGAGUUCAAGUUUUUGGUCGACAUGCGACGAGGCAGUCACUACUGUGCUGGUUCCAUCAUUUCGCCAGACUGGGUAGUUACGGCGGCUCAUUGUUCUCAAAGUGCCCCCAGUGGUUACACCCUCACCGCGGGGGAUCACAACAUCAACGUGGUUGAAGGCACGGAACAAACGCGACAAGUUGUCCAGAUUAUUAAUCAUCCAAAUUACGGAUCACCAAGGCAAUACGAAAAUGAUAUCGCUUUGAUGAAAGUUUCGCCACCGUUCGAAUUCAACGAGUAUGUCCAAGCCGUCGUUAUUCCCGAUGUUAACUUUGCUCCAACAGCCGUUGCCACCGUUACCGGCUGGGGUGCCCUUACCGAAGGGGGUUCAUCUCCAUCAAACUUGAUGAAGGUUGAUGUCCCACACGUGGAUGAUGAGACCUGUGACAGAAAUUAUAACGGGGGCAUCGCUCCAUCCAUGGUUUGCUAUGGUGAAGGUGGAAAGGACUCGUGCCAAGGAGAUUCCGGCGGCCCAAUUGUUUGCGGGGCUGACCAAACUUUGUGCGGAAUUGUUUCAUGGGGUCAGGGUUGUGCUCGGCCAAAUUACCCCGGCGUGUAUACUGAGACGUCCUAUUUUGCUGAAUGGAUCCGAGGCUCGACCAUCCCCACGGAUGAAGACCCCACUCCAGUCGAAUCCAUUACCUCGUGUGGUGGCCGAAUUGACGCGUCCUCCGCCGAAAUAACGUACCAACUUGGCUCGUCCAUCCGUGCUGAUCAGAAGUGCGUCUGGAUCGUAAAAGCCCCUUACGAUUCUCUCAGAUUCCGACUUUCCAGCUCUGGCCUUGGUGAAGGCGACGGAAUUUAUUUGACAAACUUUGCCAAUUCUCAACCUGGCACGCAGCAGCGAAUGACCACCGUCGGCCAAAACUACACGGUCACUUCUGGCUUUGUCCUCGUCACCCUAAAUGUUGGAAACGCACCAACUCGUGGCUUCCGGUUGGAAUUUUUCUCCUCCGGCUUUGCCGAUGCUACUCGCGACUUUACCGGUUUCGCCAGUCUAAACACGAACAGCGGAAACUUUUCUUACCCAAUCGGCGGCGGAUCUUAUUUGAAUAACGAGAACGCCCUUUUUGUCAUCAAUCCAAUCGUUCCAGCCAUGAGGACCUUAAUGUUCACCAGAAUGAAUGUCGAAAAUGAUUCCACCUGCUCGUAUGAUGCGGUUACAAUCUAUAACUGGUUUGGUAAUCAGUACAUCCAAGUCGCAAAACGGUGCGGAACCACACUGCCUCCAUCGACCACGUUUGAGAGUGGAGUUGGUCUGGUCACUUUUACCACGGAUUCCAGCGUCGUAGGAACUGGAUUCGAUUUUGAAUGGGUGUAAAAUACAAAGUUGUUCACAUUGUGUAGACUCAAACUUGAAAAUAAUUAUGUAAAAUGUAUACCCCACUGUACCUAUUUGUGGUCUGAAUAAAAUUUGAUAAUUCCUUAAUACGA